AUGUCUUCCGUCCUCCGCCGCUCUGGCCAGGUAGCUAACUUAUCGCGCAAUUAUCUUCGAAUAACUUCGCGAAGUCAUCAUCGACCUCGGAGAAUACCUAUCGCGCCUCGUUGUCCUUGUGCGCCCCAAUCUCAGCGGUGGUAUGCGUCCGUCCAGCCUGAAGACCCGCAGCCACCAAAGACGAACAAAGAGGCAAAAAACAAAGCAGCAAAAGACAAUUCCAAGCAGGAUGGCGAAAAUGCAGACGAGCGGCAACCAGCAGCAGAGCCUGAGACUGGAGAGCACGAUGCCGCCAAGAACUCUAAGAGCAAUAUGGCUAGCCUGUCUCCUGAAGAGGAGGAACAACUCGAGAAGAUAGUGAGCAAACUGAACAGAGGGAUUCCCAAGGGCAUGCGGAAAGUUAUCGAUGCGACUAUCGCCCGGAUGAAGAGGGAGGGUAUACCUGCGGAACUCAAGGAAGCAAUGGGCAAGGUCGAUGCAGAAAACAUGACGAUGGGUGACGUCGCCAAAAUUUCUCGUCUAAUAACAAAGUUCGGAAAACAAAGGACCGCAGAGCUAAGCAAAGAUAUAUUCUACGACAAUACACGGAAAGAUAGCCAAGCAGAGCAAAAGUCUGGACCUCACGAAGUCGGCCCAGGUUCAUCUGGCAAACAGGGGAUGAAAGAGGGUUCAUCUGACAAGAAGGGAAAGAAAGAGGGUUCACAAGGCCAGCCAGAAUUCAACUUCGACCUGAACACGUUCCUAAUAUCAGGUAUAUCAGCAUACAUGUUAUACCGUCUCUUCAUGCCCACAGAGAUGGGCCGUGAAAUCACAUGGCAAGAGUUUCGAAACACGUUCCUAGACAAGGGACUGGUGGAGAAGAUUGUAAUUGUGAACGGAACAGUAGCUAAGGUACAUCUUCAUCAAAAUCUCGUUGCUCAAGUGCACCCCGACUCCCCCGCCGCCAACCCAAAUUUUACAUAUCGCAUCACACUCGGCUCCGUAGAAGCUUUCGAACGCAAGAUGGACGAAGCCCAGAACAGUCUUGGAAUUCCCCAGAGCGAACGCAUACCCAUCGCUUAUUCUAGCGAAGGCGCAUGGCAAAAUCUAGCACUCUCUUUCGGACCUACGUUGCUUUUCGUCGGAGCUUUACUGCUCAUAUCCAGGCGUGCGGCAUCAGGAGCUGGAGGUGGUCAAGGAGGUAUCUUCGGUAUGGGCCGCAGUCGAGCCAAGAAGUUCAAUCAUGAAACAGACAUCAAAGUCAAGUUCAGCGAUGUCGCAGGCAUGGACGAAGCAAAGGUGGAAAUCAUGGAAUUUGUGAGCUUCCUCAAAGAGCCUAGCCGAUUCCAGAAGCUCGGUGCGAAGAUCCCUCGAGGCGCAAUUCUCUCAGGUCCGCCAGGAACUGGUAAAACGUUGCUCGCCAAGGCCACCGCUGGCGAGUCUGGUGUACCCUUUUUCAGCGUCAGUGGAUCAGAGUUCGUCGAGAUGUUUGUCGGUGUUGGACCGUCGCGCGUGCGCGACCUAUUCGCGAAUGCUCGGAAGACCACGCCUUGUAUCAUCUUUAUCGAUGAGAUCGAUGCUAUUGGCAAGUCCAGGUCAAAACAAAACUUCGGUGGUGGCAACGACGAGCGUGAAAGCACUCUAAAUCAAAUCCUUACCGAGAUGGAUGGUUUCAAUACAUCCGAACAAGUAGUGGUCCUAGCGGGUACUAACAGACCCGAUGUAUUAGACAAGGCUUUGAUGCGUCCAGGCCGUUUCGACCGACAUAUCGCCAUCGAUAAGCCAACACUCGAGGGCCGGAAACAAAUAUUCGGCGUACACCUGAGGAAGAUUGUAACCUCGGAAAACCUUCCGUAUCUGGAGGGCCGGCUCGCAACUCUCACGCCAGGGUUCUCUGGAGCAGACAUCGCCAACUGUGUAAAUGAAGCUGCUUUAGUUGCCGCCCGCUUUGGUGCCGACAGUGUUGCCAUGACACAUUUCGAACAAGCCAUCGAACGCGUCAUCGUCGGCAUGGAGAAGAAGUCUCUUGUGCUUUCCCCUGAAGAGAAGAAGACAGUCGCCUACCACGAGGCUGGUCAUGCUAUCUGCGGCUGGUAUUUUGAGUGGGCCGACCCACUCCUGAAGGUUUCGAUCAUUCCCCGCGGUCAAGGCGCUCUCGGAUAUGCUCAAUACCUACCCAACGGUGACAGCUACCUCAUGAACGUCAACCAACUUAUGGACCGCAUGGCAAUGACCCUCGGUGGACGGGUAAGCGAGGAACUGCACUUCGACACGGUCACAAGCGGUGCAAGUGACGAUUUCAAGAAGGUGACACUAAUGGCAAACUCUAUGGUGACCAAAUGGGGCAUGACACAAAAGGUCGGGCACCUUUACUUCGAAGAUGACCCGUCAAGUCAAUUGCAUAAGCCUUUUAGCGAGGAGACAGCAAAGAACAUAGAUUCAGAAGUCCGUCGCAUCGUUGACGAGGCUUACAAGCAGUGUCGCGACCUGCUCACAGAAAAGAAGAGAGAGGUCGGCCUAGUCGCCGAAGAGCUGCUCUCUAAAGAAAUGCUUGUCCGCGAUGACAUGAUACGGCUACUGGGCGAACGACCGUUCCCCGACAAGGGCGAAUGGUCAAAGUAUUUCGGCAGCAAAGGAGACCGCGAGGGAAGUGACAUGAACACGCCGAAACCAAGCGGACCAGGAAAAAAAGAUGGUGGUGAAAUAGGUGAUGCACCUCCGGCGCCAGGAACCGUAGAGCCGACAUUAUUCAAGGGGCAAUAG